AUGGGAAUGUCCAGCCAUCGAGUGAAUACUAUUAAGAUCUUGAAUGUGAACUUUGGGUGUGCUGAUUCUGUAACCUGUUCAAGUGGAAUCCCCAACAGUUUCACCCAGAACACCAACUGCUACGCUCCAAACACACUCUCAACUGUCUCCUCACUGUGCAAUGGACUGAAGAGUUGCACUGUCGAAGCUUCCUCCACCGUCUUUACAGAUCCUUGUAACACUACUGCUACAUACCUCACAGUGUCCUACACAUGCACCGCUGGGCAUCUGGUCUUUUUCUUUUUCUUCUUCUUUUUUCUUACCUCUUUUCAGAAAUAUUGGAAAGAGAAAGGCUCUACAUUCUCCAUCUCAUUGUCCUCAGCGUCCAUGAUUUCACCCCACGUGAGUUUUGCGGGAGCUGGAGAUGUACACUGUGGUAGUUCAGACAUGGACUCAGGAUCCAUAGUAGGCAGAAAACAGACUUUACUGCAGUACCUUGUUAUUCUUGCUGAGGCGUUCAUUAAGGAGCUUUGUGUUUCUAACAGGCGGCUGCUGGACUUUGGCCUGCUCUUCUGCCUUCUGCUCCUCUAUGUUCUUCUCUACCUUCUGCUCCUCUACCUGGUUGAUAAACAGAAAGGCUCUACAUUCUCCAUCUCAUUGUCCUCGGCGUCCAUGAUUUCACCCCAUGUGAGUUUCACAGGAGCUGGAGAUGGACACCGUGGUAGUUCAGACAUGGACUCAGGCUCCAUAGUAGGCAGCAAUUGUAAUGGAAAGAGGACAUGCACUUUAGAAGCUUCAAACACCACCUUUACAGAUCCUUGUGCUGAAACUGCUAAAUACCUCACUGUCUCCUACAUCUUGUGGGAGUAA